AUGGUGGGGACCGUCACAACAGACCUCCCUCUGAGCAACGUGACUUCAGGAUACUUGGACUAUGAGGAUGUUAGCCAAUCUCAGUGCAUAACACAUAAUUACACUAUGUUGGCAAUUGCAGGUGUCUGUAUCACUAUUUGCCUCUGCGGACUCGUGGGGAAUGUGGCGGUCGUGUGGGUUUUGGGCUUCCACAUGAAGAAGAGCCCCUUCACCGUCUACGUCCUGAACCUGGCCGUUGCUGACCUGGCUCUGCUCCUGUUCCUUCUUGUUAUACUUUCAUUCUACGUUACGUCAACUGUCUCUUGUAGUUUCUUAUUUGAACAUAGUGUGGCCAAGUAUGUCCUGAUGGAUCUGUUUCUGUUCUGGUAUUUUGCCAGCAUGUACCUCCUCACAGCAAUGAGCAUGGAGAGGUGCCUCUCUGUUUUGUUCCCAAUCUGGUACCGGUGCCGCCGCCCGAAGCACUUCUCAGGCAUCACAUGUGGGGUGCUCUGGGCUCUCGCCGGAGUUCUCAUUUCUUUGAAUUUCAUGGGUUGCUAUUACCCUAUGGGUAUAAACUGUAUACAACUAUUACAGGGUAUAAGCAUUAUGAAUUUUAUCAUUUUCUCUUUAUUCCCAUUCCUUUCCAACCUUUCCCUGUUCAUGAAACUCCGAUAUGGAACACAGAAACAACACCCAGGGAAGCUUUAUGUUGUUGUCCUUCUCAGUGUGAUCUUCUUGUUCAUCUUUGGAUUUCCUUUCAGUGUGGUGGUUUUCCUUGAACCUAUUUAUUUAAACCUGUUUUACAUUCAUAUUUCUUACCUGCUGGCAUCACUGAACAGCAGCAUCAACCCAUACAUUUACUUCCUGGUGGGAAGCUGCCAGCAGCGCCGGUUCCAGGUCUCAGCAAAAGCCGCCUUCCGCCGAGUGUUCGAAGAGAAGAUGACGAGCACGGUGCCUGGGGACACCGUGGUGGAGACCUCUCUAUAA